CGCCACCACCACCCGCGAGGAGGGCGUGUGUCCGCUGUGUGUCCGGGAGAAGUCCGUCGCCGCUAAUUCAGCCUGAGGCAGAAAAAUGACUAAACUCAUCCAGUCAAAUUCCGCAAACACAGAAAGAGAAACCGCAACGUUCAACCGACGUCACUGACACGACGUCACCGCUCGCUGUUGCCGAUCUCACGCUAUUAUCGCGCUGUCGGCGGGAAUGGCUGCGCCGUGAAGAAUACCCUUCAACAGUCACCCCGUUUUUAAUGCGCCAGCGGCCGUCGGGAUGCGAUUCAACGAGAAGGAGCUGGCGUCCCUGAGCCGCCAGCCCUCGGAGAUGGCGGCCGAGCUGGGGAUGCGAGGACCCAAGAAAGGAGACGUUGUGAAGAGGAGGCUGGUGAAACUCGUCGUUAACUUCCUCUUCUAUUUCAGAACUGACGAGGAAGAGCCGAUCGGGGCGCUGCUGCUGGAGCAGUGUCGGGUGGAGAGGGAGGACAGUCGGUCCUUCUCCAUCGCAUUUCUGGAUGAAGCAGAGAGGAAGUAUCUCUUUGAGUGUGACUCGGGGGAGCAGUGUGGGGAGUGGGUGGACUCCAUUAUCAAGGCCAGUUACGAGUUCAUGAGGAAGAACCUGAUAUUUUAUCGCACUGAAAUCCACAGGCUCACUGGCAAGGACCCGUUGGAGCAGUACGGUAUUUCAGACGAAACUCGCUUCCAGGUCAACAAUGGCCUGCAACUUGUGUCUAGGGACACGUCCUCCCUGUAGACCACAAACCUGUGGUCAGAUGUACAUUUUCUUUCAUUUUUGUGCGCCCUGGCAUUCCACCCCUCUCUCCUCACUGGUUUUAAAAACCACGGCAUUACUAUGAGCACACAAUGUUUCUUAUAACUCCACUGGUCUGAAUGUAUUUAGUGUGGCACAUGUUAUUGAACAGCAUGUGCAGCCAUGCAAAGUACUGAGGUGAUGAUUGUCCAUCAUUACAGGGAACACAGGACCGUUGAACUUUUAUUAUUUUCGUUUUUAGGGGAUUCUUUUCUUGUCAUUUACUGUUUUGUUUUUUGACCUUGUCUUGGUUACUCAGUUGACCGGUUUACACACUGUAGUCUGUGUGACAAUGUGAUUUGUGAGCGUGUGAUUGUAAUUAUGCUGUAGAGACGAGGCUGUUUCUUUCUGGACUCUUUGUAAUAUGAGCACGACUGAGUUUAGCAAGAAUCGAUUCCGGACAUGUGAAUAAUAUUCAUCAAGUAAAUCUAUGCUGUUCAAAGAAGCUUGUGAUUACUGCCCAAUUCAGAAAAAACAUAAGCAGUAUUUGAACUACAUGGGCUACUGAGCCAUACAUCUUACUCCAGUUUUACUGGAAAGUUUUUUUUAAAGUUUUUGGUUAUCCCAAUAUAUAUUUAUCAUCUAGCCCAUUUUCAGCUAUUUAGUUUUAAAAACUUUACUUUUGCACAUAAUCCUAGGUGGGGGUCAAUAAUUUACUUGAACAUACUGCUUCUUUUCUUUGGCACUUUGAAUCAGAUUAGCUAUUGGACCAUACUCUUGACGUGGUUUUUGAAUAUCUCACUGUCAACUGUUUUUGUCAGUGUAGCAGCAGGUAGUGUUGAGAUGAAAUUGUGCUCACAGCCUCAUUUCACUAGCAGGAUGUGAUAUGAAUGUGUCUAUUUUAAGCUUUUGCACACUAAAUGACUUUAGUCUGUUUUUACUUCAUGUGAGAUUGCAUAUGUUUCACUUCUAUCCCUUUUUAACAAAUAAAGCCAUUUAAAAUCUA